AUGGAGACAUCUUCGCCACUUUACAAUUUGGAUUAUUUUGGCGAAACCAUGGAACAGAAAGAUCGCAGUUCUCAUGGCUGUUCCGGUGAGUGAGAAAAUAUUAGCUUUCUUUCGCCAUUUAGUUUCUUUAUCUAUCACAUCGCCCUGUAUCCUGGCUUAUUUUAUCUGAUUAUUCGGAAAGAAUGUCCAAGAGACCGAGAAGAAACUGAAAUAUUUUGGUGCGCGAAUGUUUUGAAUUAAUUUUGUGCCGAGAAUUCCAUCCAGUCGUCGUUGUGUUCUUAUAAAAGUUUAUUUUCUCCGUUCUGUAUGACAUUUGGAAAGAAUUAUCUUGAGAAAAUCUGCCAUUUCUCAGUGUAUUUGGCCGCUUUCCCUCGUGUUUACGUUUUUUUUCAUGAAAGAAAAUAGAAGGGCGUUUUCUGAAUGAAUGGAGUCUUUCACUCUGCUCUAGCAAUUGAAUCAAGGAAAUUGUUAAAUGUUUUGAUAUUGACAUUGGUGAAAAGAACUUUUAAAAUGUCUAGUUAGAUCAAUAUUUUUAUUAAACAAAAGCGCUACUGAGCCCUGAAGGUGGACCUUCAAUAGAAGACCAUAAAAUCUAUUAAAACCACACUGUUAAUCAUUUUGUUUUCCACGGAUCAACAGUUCGUUCCUCUGAGUAACACCCAAAAAUUCUAUUUCCGCUCCACCUGACUUCCGCUAGUGUAGACAAUUACGUCACUUCCUACUUCUGGUGCAAUACCUGUAACAAAGAAUUUAAAAUUUACAAGUCCCUACAUUAUGCUAGUCAGGAAGCUUGCCCUAAACACAGUGGCAACAAAGCUAUUUCUCCAGGGCCAUAGUGAGUCACCACAAUUAAAAACGACAGCUGCCAGUGCCAAUCAAGGUGUUUUAUUAGAAUGUCUCAGGAGCCCAUCAAAUGGAGCCUCCAUCUCCAUUAAUUUCUUGAGUCAACCCUUUCCCGAGUAGAUUUAUAAAUAGAACGGCUUGUUUCCCGUGAAAAGUGUCAUAUUUCCGUGAGUCUCGUAUGUCUGACUUGUAUCACCAUGAGAGUUGCCUGAUAAAACUGGCACUUGAAAAGUUGAACAGAAGACAACAGUUGCUCGACCGUGAAGCUAACUCAAAAGUAACUUGCUAAAGCCGAGGAAUUUGUGACAUCGCGCUUCAGUCCAAAGACCCUCUUAUCUCAAGAAAAACAAAAUGGAUUGUAUCUGCGCCCAAAGAAUUAUGACUGACUAACAGGAGAAUUCUCAGCAAUUAAUGUAGAAGUUUAGGCCAAUUCUUUCCUUCGAAUUCGCAUCUGUAGAUCACUUUUUUGCGAGAAAACAAUGGCUGGGCUCGGCGUUACAAAACAUAGCAGGGAAUCAUCACACUUACUGACGGACAAAACAACCACAGUACUUAUUCAGACAAACGCAUUUCGGAGAAAAACUUGAAAAACUAGAAAUUUGAUUAAUAUUGAGUUAUUUAGCCGAAAUAAGAACCUUACCGCUAAAAAAAAUUGGCUAAAACGAAUCCUGUCAGAACUACAGACUGCAGGUAGUAGUUAAUCAUUACGCAUGUAACAGACCAGCUUCAUGGCCUCUUAUAAAUGUGAGACAAGCAACCAAAAUUAAGAUUAACAUAGUCAGAGUUUAAAACUCUCCACAGUAUAAUCUAACCGCUAGAAAGAAAAGAAAGAAAAUCUCUGAGGGAUGAAAAAGCUAAAGUCACGUUUCACUAGCUUAUGAUUUUGUUUGGCCUGUCAGCACCGGAUUUCCUGCUGUUUCAUAAAGUAAAAUAACAGUGUCAUUUAGUCGUUGUGAUUGGCUCUUCCCACCGGCGGCGCGCGAAGUCUCCCUUGCGAACCGUUCUAAUUAUAAAUCUACUCGGGAAAGGGUUGACUCCAAGGGCUUGUAUGGGAGAUGGAGGCUCCAUUUGAUGGGCUCCUGAAUGUCUGACGUUCCGGGCCGGCCGGAAGUGCUGCUUGUCAAGCGUAAGGCAGAAUUCACGUUGGUUGAUAUAUACACAACACCUGCAACUAUCCUGUGUAAAAUUUUAUCGAGUUUCCGCGCGAUGCGUUUUUAUUACGUCUUGCAAGCAUUUUUCUCGUCUUAGUCUGAGUCACUUAUUCUGGCUAGCCUGCGUAACAGGCGUUAUUUUUUCGCGUUUCUCAGGCGAGCAAAGGCAAGCGUAGCCUCCUACGCAGGCGUUUUUAGGGGAGCUCGUUUUUCAUCCCUCCCCACAAACGCCUGCUCAGCCGGAAACAACAUUCCUUUCCCAUUGUUUUAUUUGCGUGGUAAGAGACCAAUAAACAGUUGUGCAAUAAAGUGUUGACAGGCUAAACGCGACUAAAACGUGACCCUAAAGUUACCGUUUUCCUUCUUUUCUUUCCUUCGUUAAGGUUAUGAAGUACACGGAGUAUUCUAAAAUUUGGUUAAAUCUUGUUUUCGCCGCUCUGAAUCUAACAUUUUUUGGAGGUUAGAAAGUUUUUCCAGUGUUUCAUGCAGAUCGAGUAAUUAUCAGAUUACCUUGCGGGGAAGGUCAACUUUCCAGAAUUUGGAAAGUACAAUGUGAUUGGCUAAGCAUGGGAAAGGAAUGUUGUUUUCGGUUGAGCAGGCGCUUGUGGGGAGGGAUGAAAAACGAGCUCCCCUAAAAACGCCUGCGUGGGAGGCUAAGGCAAGCGCGAAGCGAGCGAGGAGUGCCAGCCAGACACGCGCGACGGCGGAAGGCACUCCUUGCACGCUUCGCGCGCUUCCUUUCGCUCGUCAGAAAACGCAAAAAAAUUACUCCUGUUAUGCAGGCUAAUUUUGACAGAUUAACAAGUCAGGUUCAUAAUUAAAGGUCAUAAGAUCAUAAACCUUGUUUCAAUAUCUUUGUUUAUACGCAAACACAUUUAGUCCUUUAUUCAGUAUCGCAUAAGAGGCGAAAUCUUAUUGGUCAGAGCGAGUAAACGAUCCAAAUGGUCUGAAAAUAUUUUCUCGGUUCAUUGCAACUAAUUAUAUAAAUCUCCAAAGUCACGGUUCUAGUCAUGGAAUCUAACUGGGUCUUCCACAAAUCGGAUUCUUCGUGCGAUAAUAGAUGGCAUAAGAGAGGUGAGAUCGCUUUACCUCUUUCUCUGAGGGUUUUUUUUUUUUGCAGAAAUCUCUGAUGCAACAAGGUUGCAAAGCACACUAAAAGUACAUAGCGCGAAAGACAUUUAGUGACCUGCCGGUAAAUGAGAUUUGAUCUUCGUGCGUUUGUUUUUUUGCUUCGAAACUCAAAUGUUGUCAACCGUUUAGAUAUGUAUGUGAGGUCCUCGUUUAACACUAAGAUAUAGAGAGCCUAAGAAAGUUACAAAAGUAUUUGCUCAGGGGCCCGUUUCUCGAAAGUCCCGGUAACUUUUCGGGCCCGAAAUCAAAUAUUCAAAUCGAAAUAAAAAGAAUUAGAGCGCGGCUCCUGGCAAGCAAACUACUCCAUUUUGUUUCUUUAACUGAUAGUUUUAUCAUGUUAGAUGCAAAACUAUUGAAACCUCUAUCUUUAAUGGAAACCGAGACAGCUUACCGGGCCCGUUAAUUAUCGGGACUUUCGAGAAACGGGCCCCAGGAAUCUAAACAACCGUGAUCAUAAUCAUUAGGGUAACUCGCAAUGACUUUUACUACUGGUCAUGGACACUUUUUGUUGUUCUUUGAAACGUUUUACAUGUCAAGAGCCACACUUUAUGGUGACCUUUCCCAAUUUUCUAUCACAUGUAUGUUUGAAGUAUAUGUUACAGAGUAUCAUAUGCAGUGAUCAACGCAAGUGGGCGCAGAACAUUGUCAGUAGAACAUAGGUUAAGUCAACUUUCUUUGCUAUGUUAAUUAUUGGCACCACGUCACGUGAAGGUGACGACGUGCUUCGGAUCGAAGCUUGAUUAAAAAGACAUUUCAAAGAAAUAUUUAACGAGACGCCUUAUUUAACCUAACCAAUAUAAUUAAUGGAAGCCAUUAAACUGUCUUUACCUUAUCUAUUUCUAGAUCUCGAAUUAGCGGCUGAGAUAGGAAAAAAUCUCUUAGAAAGAAACAAAGAACUGGAAAUAAUGCUGAAAUCAUCGCACCAUUACUUGGAGGAACAGCAUAUCAAAAAUGAGGUGUGUAUAAGAAACAAUUUUCAACUGUCUAUGCCCGGCGCUAGAAAGAAAAAGGUGUGGCUUGCGUGCGUGUCCCUCUUGCGCGACUUUUCACGGUAUCCGCCAAGUGGGGAGCUCAGUGUUCGCAGGCUAAAAAGGCGCAAUUUAGUACCCUGGCUCUUCAGCUUCUUGUUCAGUGGGCGGUCGCCGGGAGAGACUCACGUGAGACAGAAAAAUUUGAUUUGUUAUUUGUCUAACAACUCGAAGUCUGUUGGUUCCUGUUUUUAGGGAGCGAAUUGGCAGCCGCAGCUCAGCACGAGCUUCAACCUCGUUCCCUUAAUCUUCUCGUUUUUCAAAAUACGGUGGUCGCAUUUUUAGACCCGGGAGUUCUUCAGAUCCAGUGGCUUCCGUGAUGAACGUAAUUAGCGUGUGUUACCAUCAGAGUAAAGAAAUUUUAACAGGGGUGAGAAACACAUGGUUACGGAACAAGCCAGCGUGACGUCACGGUUACCAUAGUACAAAACAAUGAAACGCCGGCCAUGUUGGUGUACUAAAAAAGACUGGUGGGGAUUGAACUCUCUUCUCAUGUAAAAACUUUCUCUUUUUUCAAGACAUUUGCAUAGGCAUAGCUGCUGACCACGUUAGUGGAAACGAUCUAUAGGGGCUAGGAAGAAAGUUAUAAAACUACAAUAAUAUUAUUAUAAAAUAGCCAAACCUACUUGACGAAUUUUUGUUAAAUCCCCAGUUUCUUUCAAAGCAACUGGAAACAAUACGAGAGUUACAUGAAAGUCAAGUACGGGCUUGUGAACAAAUGGAAUCUACUGCCUUGGAACUACAGAAAACUAACAAAGAACUGCAGAGCGAAACAGCAGUAAUGCGGAAACGUUACCAAACUGUUGUACAAACUGUGGAAAAUUUGGAAAGCAAAUGUGACGAUUACAGGACACAGGUCGAGGAACUUCAAAUAGAACGUAUGCGAUUGCAAAGAGAAAUGGCGAACUCUUUAUCACUUCAACUCACAUGCAAAGAAAACGGCAGCUACGAGCUCGCGAGAGGCGGGGAUGAAUCUGACGAGACGGAAAAAGAUGAGAAGGUUUUAAGCUUUAAGAAAGACAUCGAAAUUCUCAACGACAGGAUUAUGCAACUUAAAAGGCAGCAUUCGACGGAGAAACGCCGUCGUGAAGAACUUGAGCUGGAGCUGUCGGACUUGAUCCAAGAAAAUCAACAGCUCGAUAAAGAACUUUUUGACUUCGCGGAACAAGCGAGGCAGUGGCAGGAAAGCGCGUCUGAAGACUCGAGUCUCAGCGUUUUAGCAUGUUCUCACUCGGGUCAUCGUCGGCCACUUUCGGAAAGCACCGACGACGAGUCGUUUGUACUCCUGGACAGCGAACGUGAUCGGCAGUUAAGCGCCAUGUCAGAUCAAAGCGAGGUUGAGAUUUUGAACAUUUCGCAGGAGGUAAAAUCUCCCCUUCAGGAGAACAGUACUUCGUUUUUGUCAGAACUCGGAAGCCAAUACCAUGAGUUAGUUCGAAAGUACGACUCUCUUGUUGAAAGGUGUAAAAACGAAGGCAUUGUCCAUGAAAUAUCUCAGAUUCCAACAGUACAGCGCGCGAUUCAAACUUCGCCAUUGGAUGAGAAACCUACGACUGAAAUUGGAGCGAGCGGCCCUCUACAAGACAGUGCGUCGGUCAGGGAAUACAAGAAACUCUUUGCGCAAAUCUACUCCAAACUUCAAACAUCUCAGUCUGGCAACCCAGCAGAAAAGAAGCUAAUGGAAUAGAUCUCUGAAAAACCUUCCUGACUUUAAUAAGGCUGGGCCGAUUCGACCCGAUAUGAUGACUUCACCAUUAGGCUUUCCACCGUUACGUUAUUGUAAAACUAAGUUGAGCAAGAGUGGUGUUUUUUUUAUUACUCCUUCUUUUUAAUAUAUUUUUUAUUUGGAAGGUAAAGGAUAAGCAUUAAGAGAACCAAAUGACUGGAAUAGCGUUCCUUAUACAUAAGCUCGGAUGCCUCUGUUCUUUUAGGGGUGAAUUCAUGUAACACCCAAUUCAACUGUCAGAAAAUGUGGGUGAGGCUUUGAUCGUUUAAAGGAAAGGGCGGUGCCAAUGAACACCUGAUUUAAAGGCGAGAGGAUUUUGUAGUAAUGAAAAGUAACAAGUUAUGUUCCAAGUGCAUAUUGAUGUUAGUUAUGAUAACUAAGAUAGUACGCGCGUUCUGAUUGGUUAAAAACCUAUGGUUUACUGUGCCGGUAAACUCAUAGAAAACUAAAAGUUAUUUUAUAAAAGCAAUAGACCACACUUCUAUGGGUUUACCGGCGUAAUUAACCACUUGGAAUGUUGGGAGAACACUCGAAAAGCUUGUAAAUCACGAGCCGAAACCCACAGAAAGUGUGGUCUGUUGCGAAAAUAAUGCAUAUUAUUGGAGCCUUAAUUAUUAAUGCCACCACAGAAGUUUGAAAAACAAAAAAAGUGAAAAGUACACAAACUAUUCUUCAGUGCACUUUUCAAUCCCCACAGGAAUCCUCGCUGAUGCAAAAAUGAACAGUUUAUCGGUCUUUGGCUUGUGGUUUUGUUAAGUAACGAUAUAUCACAUCACCCCUUGCCUCAGGCUGAUACCCCUUACCGUAGUACAAUGACGUUUAAUGACAAAAAACAAGUGUAAGUAAUUCUUGAAAUAUCUGUUAUAGAACACAAUAUUGCUAUAGUAUUUAUAUAUUUGUUAAAGAUGAAAAGGGUAUUUUCACUUGAAAAUGCCCAAACUCACGAAAUAUAAUAUAAGGGCAACCCCACUACAAGAUUUAAAUUAUCCAUAUUUUUGUUAACAUUAUAAUAAAUACAAUUAAUUAGUUUUGUUGGUUGUCGGACCAAUAAAAGUUUACUCACACACUCUGACACCAUGUGUUCUUUCGAACAGCAGACUUUGCUUUGUCGUCCUCUUUACAGUAACAAAACUUUUACAAGUGUCUGUCUGUCUAAAGUCCGAAAACAAUAGUUACACUUAGAAAUUACACUUGUAAAAUUUUUAUUAAAUUGACCCCAAGAAAGGAAAAGU